GCGCGCGCGCUCCUUCUUUCCGGUGCGGCGCCAGCGGUGCAGCUGCAGGUUGGUGCUGGGGUGGUGCGGCCGCGAUCCGCGCCCAUCUGCGGCCGACAUGGCGAUCCGCUACCCUAUGGCCGUCGGCCUCAACAAGGGCUACAAGGUGACGAAGAACGUGUCCAAGCCCAGGCACUGCCGCCGCCGCGGGCGCCUGACCAAACACACCAAGUUUGUGCGAGAUAUGAUCAGGGAGGUCUGCGGCUUCGCACCCUACGAAAGACGUGCUAUGGAACUGCUGAAGGUUUCCAAAGAUAAACGUGCUCUGAAGUUCAUAAAGAAACGGGUUGGCACUCACAUUCGGGCCAAGCGAAAGCGGGAAGAACUCAGUAACGUCCUGGCAGCCAUGAGGAAAGCUGCUGCAAAGAAGGAUUGAGUUGUACAGCCUGGAGCUCAAUAAAGCCCUUUCUCACAAAA